CGAUUGUUAUUUGACAUAAAUUUUUCAUUCAUUUAUGUUUCUGGUCGGACCGAUUAAUGUGGAACUAAGCCUUAUUGUUUUGAUCGCAUAAAAGAUUUGGCGGGUACUGGAUCGAGAAUUGGAAAACGUUAUGUCUUAUAAAAUUAUUUAAUUUUUAACCAAAUAAAAAUGAAACUGCAGUGUCAAGUGGAAGUUGUUAAUAGAAAACAUUUUAGUUUAGACGUAAGACCAAAGAAUAAGUAUUUAAAGUCGACACUUGCUUUAGGAAAGGAACCAAAAGAUGAUAAAGGAUACUUUAUUUUGCAUUUUUCUACUGUUAAUAAACAAGGGACAAAAUAUAGAGUCAGCGAUAUGAAGAAUGUCUUUGUGAAAUUUUUAAACGAAGGCAAAGUUACACUGCGCUUUACUGAACCAUGUCAUGAUUUAUGCAUAAGAAGUGAAGUAAUACAAUUGAAGAGUUUCAUGAGAUUACUUCAAUCAUGUAUUACUGGUGACUCAGCUAACGUAAAACUUUCCGAACUGUCCUCCCUGGGACUAGUAUCUAAAGAUAUGGCUCCAACUAAAUUGACAAUUAACAAUCGAUCUGAAUUUCCCGCUAAAGGACUGCCCAGAACUCUUGAAUCUCUCUAUAUUGUUGGUCUUAAUCUUUGCAAUUUUCGAAGAGACAUACUUCUACUAAACCAUCUGGCUAUUCUUGAUUUGAGUAAGAAUGAAAUUGAGAAAAUUCCUCCUGAAUUUGGGAGACUACCUAAUCUAUGUGAACUCUACUUAUCAAAUAAUUCCUUAGGACAAAAGGAAGACUUUGACUGGAGAUGGCUCUUAGGACCUGGGAUUUCUAAAAAGCUGAAACUUUUGGACCUUUGUGCAAAUAAAAUAUCUAUGCUACCCAAAGAUAUUUGGAAACUUCAGAACUUGGUCACAUUUAAGAUAGACUUCAACAAACUGGAACGGCUACCACCAACUAUAGGUCGCAUUCAAACCCUGAGAUAUUUUUCAGUUUCUAAUAACAAUUUGGUUACACUGCCAUGCAGUCUGAUGCAAUGUAGACUAGAAACUAUUGAUUUGUCAUCAAAUAAAUUUAAUUCUGAUACAGUAGGUGCAAAAAUGGCUAAUUACACACCAUGGGAACUAUGUGCCCACACCUUGGUACACAUUGCAGCUAAAGCAGUGUUAAGAAAUAAGCUCUAUUAUGCACCAAACAUAGUACCAUACACAUUAGUGGAGCUAAUGGACAAUGCCAAUAUGUGUGUUUGUGGUAAGCCAGUGUUGAAUAAUGCGAGAUUUAUUAUAAAGGAAUUUCAGCUGAAAGAUUUCUUUAGGGUUGUCGUUUUUGAUAACAACGGUGAUAGCUCUGUUGGUUUUGAGUGCUUCUUUUGUUCACCAAAAUGUUAUGCCAGAUGAUAUUUGCUUUUAUUAAUCUGCAUUGGAACUGCAGAUUAAUAAAAUAAUUACGCCAUUCCAUAAUGAGACCUCUAUGAACCAUUGGAAUAUUUGAUUUGGAAAAUGACCUUUUUAAUAUAAAUUUCUACUGUGGUUUAAAAAUUAUUGGUAAAGUUAUUAACUUAUUGCAAUGCAUGAACUUGCGAAAUGUCUUUUUAAAUUCUUUAUAAUUAUAAAGUUUGUGUGCAUACAAUUGAAUUUUAACAGUCAUUUCUAGUAAUAAGUAUAUUUCUUAGAAUUUAUCUAUGUAGUAACCAUUUUGCUUCUAAAUAUUCUUUUUGCCAAAUGUUUAUAUUACUAUAAGUGGCUAUGAAGAUAUUAAUGUAACAUGUUAUUUAAAUACUUUAUAUUGUUAGAAUAAAUUAAAUAAUUAAUUAAUAAUCAUAUAAGUUAUUACGAUUUAUAAAUGUGACAACAAUUUGCUAAUUAUUAUGGUGUAUCUGAAAUAUUUCAGACAGAAGCUGGGCCCUUCUGUUAUAAUAUAUCCUUUGUAAUCAAUUUUAAUUAAAGGACCAUAUGACUUUUACCACAGAUACAACAAAAAGCUUAGCAGUAUAGUGUAAGAUAAUCCAAAUUUUAGAUCUCAUCCAUUGUAAUUAUUGUGUAAUGAUAAUGCAAGUGUAAUUUUUAAAUAAUUUUUAAUCCAGGCUUUUGCAUAAUCCUCAGUAUAUGUUAGGAAGUCUAUAGUUGUGUGUCAUAUUGUAAUAAAAUACUCUUUAUAUA